AUGACUGCUGUGGAGGCUUUUGCCAGCCGCUGCCGCUUCGGUUCUCGUAUUACCUUGGGGCUGUCAUCCACUGUGAGCCCGCCGCAGCCCGCUAUUGCGCCCCGCCACAGCGCUAGACCACCUAAGAAGCCAGUCUCGUCUCUGCUCGCGCGGUUUGAGAGCAUGAACAACGCGCCGCCCCAGUCCAGCUCGGCCAUUCCUCGAUCGCCUGCCCCGAAGCCUGAUAGGCUACGAAGUUUCAAGACGACAGCCGAGACAGCAGUGCCGCCAUCUCUAUCGACGCAGAAGUUUCUUCCACCGCCAACGCGAAAUAGGUCCAAGACGCUGGAGAGCAAGAACUCGGACAAGGGCGAUCAUUCCACAUCAUCCUCGCCUGAACCCAAAGGGCCUGCCGAGGAGUCCAGCUUACCAAAUAUCGCCUCCAUUAACCGCCGAGCACCAUAUGUGAAGAAGGGCUGCUGUGAUAUCCAAACACGAUAUGAGCCGAAGCGAUUCGAUGUCUGUGGCGACGUUGUGUGCACCAGCGGCAGCUUUACACGUGGCUGGAACACAAUGGACGGCGAACAGUUCAUGAGUCUCGCGCAUACGGAAGGUGUCAGGGCGACAGCCAUCAUCUUCAAGCCCGGCGCGGAUCCCGACACGGAGGGUACUCGAAUUUGGAUCGGCAUGAAUUCUGGAGAUAUGAUGGAGGUGGAUAUCGCCAGUAGUCGUAUUGUCUGCAACAAGCCGGGUGCUCAUGGACGAUACGAAAUCAUCGCCGCUUACCGGUACCUGAACGAAAUUUGGACAUUGGACGAGUCUGGCUGUCUGCACAUCUGGGGCCCGGAUGAGGACGGAAUCCCAAAUUUGAACAAAAGCCCGACCCAAAGCUAUAAAGUACCCAAGGGUCACACGUUCUCACUGGUAGCGGAUAGUCAAUUGUGGUUUGCUACGAGCAAAGUGAUUCGAGUUUUUGAGCCGUCAUUGGAUGGGUCUACCACAUUUCAAGUCCUAACCAAGCCUCUGGUCACGGAGGGGACAGCUGACAUUACAUCUGGGACAACAAUGGAAGCACACCCUGGAAAGGUCUUCUUUGGUCAUGUUGACGGAAAGGUUAGCAUAUACUCGACAAGCGACUACUCGUGCCAAAAGGUUCUUCAUAUUAGUGGUUGGAAAAUCAAUACAAUGGCAGCGGUGGGCGCCGAUCUGUGGGUUGGCUAUUCGACUGGCAAGGUCAGCAUUUACGAUACGAAGAAGCAGCCGUGGGUGACCAAGAAGGAAUGGCAAGCACACGAUUCCGGUAUCUAUCAGCUCAAAGCGGACGUGACGGCGCCGUAUCGCAUUGAGCGGGCGCAAGUCGUAUCUAUUGGACAUGAUGGCAUGGUCAAGUUCUGGGAUGCGUUAUUGCAGGAUGACCAGCUCGAAGAAAGUCUCAAGUCCAACGAGAUCAAAUACUGCCAGUUCAACGAUCUGUCGCUUCUAGUCAUGAGUUGGAAUGCCGGAGCCUCGACGCCGCACAACCUGCGAUACUCGGACGGCGAUUCAAGCUUCUUCCAGGAAUUCGUACAAACAAGUGGAUCUCCAGACAUUCUGGUAUUUGGCUUCCAAGAGCUCGUGGACCUCGAAGACAAGACUGCGACGGCGAAGCGGUUUCUCAAGUCGAAGAAAAAGGACAGCUCGGACAGUGAGAAUAUGAGCCACCGAUACCGUGACUGGCGGGACUUUUUGCUCAGGACGCUGGACGAGUGUGCGCCGCAAGGGCAUCUGUACCAGCUUCUGUACAACGCCCCUCUUGUUGGUCUUUUUACGUGUAUUUUUGUCAAGUCUUCGCUGCAGGGGCGCAUCCGCAACUUGCAAGGGGCCGAAGUCAAGCGUGGCAUGGGCGGGCUGCACGGAAACAAGGGUGCAAUUGCUGUCCGAUUCCAGGUUGACGACAGCUCGUUGUGCUUUGUCAACUGCCACUUGGCUGCUGGGCAGACGCAGACGAGCUCGCGCCACAAUGACAUUGCCGCCAUUCUGGAUGCACCUCUGUUUUCGACGGAACGCGACGCAUCAGCCCGACAGGACUAUUACCGCGGCGGAGGCGAUGGCACUCUGAUUGUAGACCACGAGAUUUGCGUCAUCAACGGCGACUUGAACUACAGAAUCGACACCAUGUCGCGCGAUACCGUCGUCAAGGCGGUGCAGCAGAACAACCUGGGCAAAUUGCGGGACCGCGACCAGCUGCUGGUCUCGCGGCGCAAGAACCCUGCGUUUCGCCUGCGGGCCUUUGAAGAGCUGCCGCUUGACUUUGCGCCCACGUACAAGUACGAUGUCGGAACUGACCGCUACGACACGAGUGAAAAGCGGCGCAGCCCGGCGUGGUGCGACCGGCUGCUGUACCGAGCCAACGGCAAGAUUGAGCAGCUCGAUUACGGGCGGCACGAGAUUAAACUGAGCGACCAUCGGCCGGUGAGCGGCAGCUUCAGGCUGCACGUGAAGAAUGUGGAUGAACGCAAGCGGGCGCAGGUUGUCAUGGAGGCGUACAAUUCAUUUGAAGACGUGCGGCAGAAACAUCUCGAAGACGCCAAGAUUCACUACCUGGUGGUUACCUGUGGGUUUGACGAGCCCACGAAGAAGGAAGCCCACGGCUAG